AUGGCGAACCGGCACCAUCGGGCAGCCGCUCUCAUCCAGGAUGCCACCCGUGACAGCCGCCUCCUGCCGCCCAUCCCAGCCCUACAGAGAGUGACCUCUUCAGGCCACCAGGCAGAUGGGAAAGAUGCAGCCCCACCAGACAACACUUUCAAACUCCAGGAGUCCCGCAGCAGCCAUCCCACAGAGCUGAGUUGUGAAGCAAAGGCUGCACUCACUUUGCAGUGCGCCUUCCGUCGGAUUCUGGCGCGCCGGGAGAAAAAGAGGCGAUUGAAGGAGCAGCAAGAAUACAAUGAAUUAAUGGAUCGCCUCCAAAGAGAGGCUUUCGUUGCUCUAGUGAAAAGGGAGCAGGAAGAAGCUGAGCGGGAGCGAAAGAAAGAAGAGGAAGAAAAGAGGAAGCAGAGAGAGGAGCAGCAGAGGAGAAAACGGAUGCUGGAGGCAGCUUUUGAAGGAGAUGUGGAGGAGAUGAAGGCAGUUCUGAAAGAGGUGGCAGAUCUGGAUACCAAGAAUGGUGUGGGAACAGAUGAGAACGGGAAGGUUGUCCGGCUCCAGCAUCACCUCAACAUGGUGGACUGCACAGACGCCAAUGGCAACACGCCCCUCUCUGAGGCCUCUGGAGGGGGCCAUCCCGAAGCCAUCCGGAUGCUGAUAGAAAAUGGAGGCAAUCCCAACAGCAGG